AUGGCGUCUCCUCAGCAAAUCAAGACUACGGUCACCGACAUGCUCAAGAUCAGGCAUCCUGUAUUGCUUGCAGGCAUGAACGUUGCAGCAGGUCCAAAGCUCGCCGCGGCAGUCACCAAUGCAGGAGGAUUGGGGGUCAUUGGAGGCGUCGGCUACACACCAGACAUGCUCCGGGAACAGAUCGCAGAGCUCAAGGGCUUUUUGCACGACAAGAAUGCACCAUUCGGCGUGGAUCUUCUGAUCCCGCAGGUUGGCGGCAGUGCGCGCAAGACUAACUACGACUACACCAAAGGCAAGCUCGACGAAUUAGUUACCAUAAUUAUCGACUCGGGCGCCAAAUUAUUCGUCUCCGCCGUCGGCGUCCCGCCCAAAGCCGUCGUCGACCGUCUCCACAAAGCCGCUAAGUCUCCGCUCACGGGGCAGCCAGUUCAAUGCAUCGCCGCGGGAGGUCUCUUCAACGGCCAAUCUCUAGCAGCGGCCCUCAUGCUCGGCGCAACAGCCGUCUGGAUCGGUACACGUUUCGUCCUCUCCGAAGAAGCCGGCGCGCCCAAAGCCCACCAGGAAGCCGUCCGCACCGCCGGCUUUGAUGACAACAUCCGCACUAUCAUCUUCACGGGCCGCCCUCUCCGCGUGCGGACAAACCCCUACAUUGAGAACUGGGAGAAGAACCGCGCGAACGAGAUCAAGGAACUGACGGAGAAGGGCACGAUUCCUGUGGAGCAUGAUUUUGAGCAGUUGGGCGAUGAUAUGGAUGAUGAGACUAUGGACAAUGCGAGACCGUUCCUGAUGGGCCAGGCGGCUGCGGUGGUGAGCGAGAGAAAGAGUGCCAGGGAGAUCGUGGAUGAGAUGGUCAAAGAGGCGGUGGAUAUGAUGAACAAAGGGAGCUCGAUGAUUGUGGCAAGAAGUAAGCUGUAA